AUGACGGAGUCGGGCACCUCGAACCUACCCGCGGGAAGCUUCCCUACCUCGCUGACUGCCGCCUCAUCCACGGGCAACCCCGAGCUCGACCUCCCGAAGCUCCAGUCCCUGCCCCCAGAGCAGCAGGAGCUCUUCCUCCUAACCUUCGUCACCAACCUCAGCAAGCACGUCCACUCGCUCUCGCCUGACGACUGCACCGCCCAGCAGUUCUACCUCAAGAAGGAGAUCUUCCAGAUCCUCAACCUCCCCUCGCCCCAACCCUCCCGCGUCAUACGAAACAAUCUCGGUAGAUGUCUGGCCUACGUCUUUUCCAGGGGCGACAGGAAGCUUCUCUUCGAAACCAUCAAUGAGCUCGUGGCUAUUGUUGCCGGCGGCAAGCCCAAGUCCGAUGCCGACCUGCGCGCGAAACAUGCCGCCGUGUGCUGUCUCGGAGAUGUCUUCGCCGCAGCCGGCGACAGCGCCAUUGGUCUGCAUCAGCUGUCGUGUACCAGUCUCAUCAAGCUCUUGAAGUCGUCGCAGAACAAUGCGGGACUUCGCGCCGCCGUCCUCGGGGCGCUGGGCAAGAUUGCGGGGAUGGUGGGCAGCAGUCUCGAUGAGGGCAUUGCUCGCGAUAUGUGGAAGCAGGCGAGGAACCAUGCUGCUGGUGACAAGGCCUGGCUAGUCGUCGUGUCUUCGUGUCGCUGCCUAAAGAGCCUGGUCAAGAAUACGCCGUACUUCCUCAACUCGAACGACUAUGACAAGCUCGAGACGGCCAUCUUCAAGGCCAUCGAUUCGCCGUCGCCUCAAGUGAGACACGCUGCUGCUGAUUGCUUCGCCGAGGCUCUUGUCCAGAGCUUCUCCGAUUUACCUCCCGCUACGGAGGCGCCUAAGCUGAAGAGGUCCAAGUCCAAGGCUAUCAAGAGAACCCCGACGGGCCUCGUCGACGAAGAUGAUAUUCCGUCGAGACCGCAGAGUCCUGCUCCGUCUGGAAAGUCGCGCAUCUUGACGUAUUCCUUCACCGAAGUACUGGAGAUUCUCUCGAACCGCUACGUCCGAUCUUCCACUUCGAACCGUGCGCGUGCCGGAAUUGGUGUAUGCUACGGCAAGCUCUUGCGGAGGCUUGGCGAGAAGGCCGUGGAGUCGAAUUACCUCUCUCUCGUGGAGAACCUGGCCGUGGAGAUCUUGGGCCACAAUACCAUUGCCAACAACCGGUACCGCUUGCUGAUUUCGCGACGCAUAGUUGAGGUCGUCCUCCACGAUAUUGUCGGCCACAAGGUGCUGGGAGAAGCUGGUCAGAUUCAGGCUGCUACAGCCUUGAUUAACAACAUUCUCAAGAAUUACCCACAGGCCCUGCCAGAACGACCCGAGCCUGCCAAGAACACGCUUACCACGGCCCUCGGAGCCCUCGCUUCCCUCAUCAAAGCUCUCGGAUCGGCCGCCAACAACUUUGCAGACAUCUGUCGCGAUGGUCUCCUCCAAGUCUUGCAGCAUCCCAGCUACGCCGUCCAGGUCUACGCCUCGUCUUGCAUGAAAACUUUUGUCCUUGCUUGCCCCCAGCAGCUGCUCCAAUGCCUUACUAUCUGUAUGAAUAGUUUAAGCCGAGAAUUGACUCACCUCGGCACCGGGCGUAGUUCUCCCCGUCGAUGUAUCGGCUUUGCCCACGGAUUGGCGGCAACUCUUAGUGCGAGCCCCUCGCGGCCGCUCUACGGAUCGGUUGACGUCAAUAGCCGGGUGCUCACCAUGGCCACUAACCUACUCAAAUCGAGCGGGCAGUCUGAGCUUCGUGUUUCCAGUACGCAGAUCCAAGUUGCUUGGAUCCUCAUCGGUGGACUAAUGUCACUCGGGCCGAACUUUGUCAAGAUUCACCUCUCUCAGCUGCUUCUACUCUGGAAGAACGCCCUGCCGAAGCCGCUCGCAAAGGAUAACACGUCUACACGAAGUCUUCUCGAGGCGUCUUUCCUCGCUCACGUUCGCGAGUGCGCCCUCGGCUCCAUCCUCGCCUUUCUCCAGUUCAACCAGCGCCUUCUCACCGUAGACGUCUGCAAGCGGAUAGCUACGAUGCUCCAGAACACCACCGCGUUCCUCAGAACCCUCCCGUCGAAGAAGACUACGGACGACAUCUCGCAGCGCCUGAUCCCCGCGCUGCAGCUGCAGGACAUUUAUAUGAUGGUGCAGCGCCGAGUCCUCCAGUGCUACGUCAAGCUCGUGACUACGAGUCCCGCGGGCGGUAGCGAGGCGCUUCUGCAGUCGAACUUGCUUACGCUAGCUAUUUCUCUAUUUGCCGAUCCUGAAAAUUACGGGGCUAAUUCCUUGAGUUCGUCGAUUGCGUCGGCCGCGGGCACCUUUGAAACCAUUUGGGAUAUUGGUGAUAACUCUGGCUUCGGCGUGGCCGGGCUUGUGCGGGGAUUCGAUGUCAGGAGCCUCCCUGGGCAGCAUGAAAACGUGUCGGACAUUCCGUCGCUGGAUGAUGGUAGUCCCGAGGAGUCGAUCGACAAGAUCCUCCUUUCGCCCGUCUGCGGUACGCUCGAGCACGACGCAUCGCUUUUGUACAUUGGUGACCUCGACGGAGGCCCGGCUGCUCCUCCGGACCCGCCCAUGACGGAGGUUGUUAACUUGGCUAUCCAGCUCUUCGCCUUCGUCUUCCCUCUUACGCCUGCUAAAGUCCAGGAGAGCAUCCUCGAGCAGAUCAAGACUUUCUCGUCCGCCGGUCCACUCCAGCGCGACCCUGGGAGGAAAGCAGCCAUCAAUGUCAACGUAUCGGCUGCGAUCCUCUCCACGCUUCGAGUCGCCGCCAAGGAAACGAAUGCGCCCUCAGGAGACAUCACCAACGUGGCGGUGGAGAGGCUGAUACAGGACACCAUCCGUGAUAUCGUCAUUGACGCGGACCCUUACAUUCGAAGCAUGGGCUACGCAGCCAUGGCCCGUCUCUGCAACGCCUGUGGGAACGCUUUCACGAACCAUGAGAUCAAGUAUCUCGUCGACACCAUCGUCAUCAACCGCGAGCCGAGCGCCCGAGCCGGCUGCGCCAUGGCUCUUGGCGCGAUCCAGAGCAAGGUCGGCAGCAUGGCGUCGGGUUACCAGCUCAAGACGAUCCUCGGCAUCCUCAUGUCGCUCUGCAACGACCCCCACCCGACCGUGCACUACUGGGCGCUCGAGGCCCUGACGUUGGCGUCGGAUGCCGCGGGCCUCAGCUUCUCGCCGUAUGUGCCCAGCACGCUCGGCAUGCUCGCGCAGCUCUACUCGAACGACACCCACAACGCCGAGAUUGCGUCGGCGGUGUCGAUGAAUUUGGAGAUGGAAGUUUCUACGACUGCGGUUAUCGCAAGGUGCGUCGACUCGCUGAUCAAUGUUCUGGGACCGGAUCUGCAGGACUCGACUAAGUCGAGGGAGCUCAUUUUGGGCUUGGUCGGGCAGUUUCAGAACGAGGAAUCGCUGCUUUUACAGAACGCUAGUCUGGCGUGCUUGGAACACUUGUCUCUUUACGCGCCUGGAUACGUGGUGUUUGCAGACUAUGUGAGGACGUUGCAGAAGUACCUCAGCAGCGAGGAUGCCCUGCUCCGCGAUGCCGCGGUUGAUGGUCUUUACAACAUUAUGAAGCGAGAUCCGCGGGACGUCAUUGCAGCGGCGGAGAAGGGCUUCGUGGAGCAGCUCUGGCUCGUCCUCGACACGGAGCCAUCGCACGACGGUAUCCGAAACAUUAUCCGCAACUGGAUGCGCCAGACCUGCCUUACGGAGACGGAGCUCUGGCUGCAGAGAUUUCAGGCCGUCUUGAAGAUGACGCGCGCGAAGGUCAAGGAAGAGCAAUCCUCGAGGACGAAGAGCAAGGCCGCGAUGCCCGACCUCCGCGACGAGGAAGUAGCAGGCUUCGCCGCAGCAGCCGCGGGUGGCGCGGCCAGCGACGACAAGGGCGGAGCCGAGGGCGCCGACGUGGAGCCUCUGCGCUGGCAGGUGACGACAUUCGCCAUGAGCUGCAUGAACGACAUGUUCAUCAUCGUGUCCAAGGACGUGGCGACCAACGGCGAGUCGGCGGGCCAGACGGCGCUGCAGAACAAGCUCGCGGACGUGGUGCGCAUGGCCUUCUCCGCCUCGACGUCGGGCGUGCUCGAGCUGCGCAUCUGGGGCCUCAAGAUCAUCGGCGCUGUGCUCAAGAUGUUCGGCCGGACGCCCGACCCGGAUUUCGACGAGGCCAUGCUGCUGGAGCAGUACCAGGCGCAGAUUAGCUCGGCGCUGACGCCCGCCUUCGCGGCCGACUCGUCGCCCGAGCUCGCCGCCGAGGCUGUCAACGUGUGCGCGAGCUUCAUCUCCACGGGCAUCGUCACGGAUAUCGACCGCAUGGGCCGCAUCCUCAAGACGCUCGUCACGGGGCUCGAGAACUUCUCCCAAGAAUCCAACGAGAACGCCAGCAUUGGCGACCUAAAAGGCCUCAGCUCCAACGCCCAGGUCAUGGUCAAGAUGGCCGUGUUCGCGGCGUGGGCCGAGUUGCAGGUGGCCAGUUCGGAGCAGAAGUAUCUUGUGGACGUCCUGCGGCCGCACAUCGCGACGCUGACGCCGCUUUGGCUCGAGUCGCUGAGGGAGUUCUCGCGGUUGAGGUUUGAGCCGGAUAUUUCUAUGACGUUGGGACCGCCUUCGCUUUCGGGUAGUCUUGAUACGAUUUACGCGGCUCUCAAUAGGGAGACGUUACUUAAAUUCUACCAAGAUUCGUGGCUUAAGCUCGUUGAUGCCAUCGCCUCCCUUAUCGAGCAAGACAGCGAAUUUGUCUUUGACGCCCUCGACGGCAAAGCCUCCACACCCCCCGCCAACGGCACUACCGCCUCAUCUUCCGCCGUCGCGACUCGAGGACCCGACAUCAACUACCGCGACGAGCCCGUAGCCUUCUUCUUCGUCCUCUUCGGCAUCGCCUUCGAAGCCCUCGCCACGAAACCAAGCCACAGCGACUCCCUCGAGCUCCAAGAACAAACCCUCUCGAUCCUCAAAGCCCUGAAAAAGAUCCUCCAGCCCAGCGUGUCGGGCCACGCCAUCUACCGCGACGCUGUCUUCUCCGAGACCAUGGACCUCCUCGACCGGCUUGUUCUCACGGACGGCCUCGACGUGCAGGGCCACAUCGUCGAGAUCGCCCGCGCGCUGUGCGUCGCGCACCCUUCUGCGCGGAAGAAGGGUCAGGUCGAGGAGGAGGAGGCGGAUCUUUCGGAGGACAUUGAGCAGCUUUUUGAGCUGACGCGCAUUAUCGUCCUCGUCAUCGCGGGUUUGCUUCCUAAUCUUACCACCGAGGGAGGCAGUGGCGCCAGCCAGCAUCAACAACAACCGAGAUACCAGAUGACGGAGGAGGCUAUCCUCCUUAUCGGCACGGCGUUGGACGCUCUCGUCGACGCAGCAGAGGUCUUCCCCUCUAUUAUCAAGACGGACCUACACGCGUGCAUCAUCCACAUCUUCGCCACCAUCCUCGCCACGCCUACGAAAUCGUGCCAAGAACUCAUCGUGCCCCAGGCUCUACCGACGCUUAAACGUUUCGUGGCGAGCAUGACGAGCUCUCGCCAGCAGCUCAAACAAGCCUCAACCUCCUCGUCUGGUUCCUCCCAGACGGACGUGCAGCUGCAAGGGUGUCUGAGAAAGUUCUUGACCAUCUACCUCAAGGCGCAGAGGCGCGAGGAGCAGACUUCGCUGACGUGCGUCAGGAAUUGUCUACUUGCCAGCACGAUUCUGUUUACGGGGGGCGCGCAGGUGGGAGGGAAUUGUUUGCCUGCUACGGAUGGGGUUGUGGCGAGGUAUCUUGAGGAGCUGCUCGAUUGUCUUACCGACCGAAUGACCGCCAAAAUGGCAGCAAACUGCAUCCGCUCCCUCCUCCUCCAGCCCUCCCCCACGCCGGCCGACCACUCCAUCGCUCGGUACCUCUUCCCCCGCCUCGUCACCUUCGUGACCAACACAGAGCCCGAAGACCCCGAGCAGGCGCGAGCCCUCGUGGCACGCACGCUUGCCAAUUACGUAGGCAGCCUGCGCCAACAGCAGAAUCCCCAGAGCCAGAACCGUCUCACCGCGGGCGUGACGCUCGUGGUGUCGACGCUGCUGGCGAGGGCCUCGGGAGAAGGAGAGGACGCGUACGCCGAUACCAAGGCGACGCUGCUAGAGCUGGCGGCCGUGGACCAGGCGUGCUUCAGGGCGGUGGUGGGGGGCUUGAGCGAGGCGCAGAGGGGGUUCCUUGAGGGCGUGAUACGCGGGGCGCAGAGGGUGGAGGGUGGGGAGAGAGGGGGUGUUGGUGGUGGUGGAAGGGGAGGACAGCCUAGCAUUGCGUUGAAAAUGGACUUUGGGGCGUGA